CAAAUAAAGGUUCAACCAAGUUAAGAAUAAUUGUACCCCUUUCCCACAAUACAAAAAUAGUCCCUAACAUUCCAAGACAAACGGCCCAUAAAAUAUGUGGGUCCCAUUUAAAACCAAGUCAGUAUUCGAUAUAUCAAUAUUAAAAGAAGCGAUCCAAGGAGGGGUAGAAGGAAAGAAAUGUUUUCCUUUCACCUGGAAGGAGGAGUGGCAGAAAUCGUUCGAGAGGUUCGGAUGGAGGUGGAGACGACCCAUGAAAGUAACAGUGCCUUCUCCACCUCCUGAUCGACGCUCAGUCUCACUCUCCUUGCUCUGGAGAACGGUGCUAGUGAUUUCUGCGGUGUCCUUCGGUGUCGACGUCCACAUACAAGGUCGCGAGUGCCACCGGAAACGUGGCCGGUGAAUCGAGAACUCGUGUCUAUGCAAGCAUAGUGCGCGAUGUGCUGACGAGGUUAUUAAGGGAACAAUCUUGGAUCGUGGAAGCAUCAUGGACUGGGCGACUCGAACGGCCUCGCUCAUCCUCUGCCUGACAAUUCUGCUCGCGACCAUCCAUCACGGUUGCGCGGAGCGAAAGAUCGUGUGUUACUACACGAACUGGUCGAUCUACCGACCGGGGACCGCCAAGUUCUCCCCGCAGAAUAUCAACCCGUACCUCUGCACCCACCUGAUCUACGCGUUCGGUGGUUUCACCAAGGACAACGCUCUGAAGCCUUUCGACAAGUACCAGGACAUCGAGAAAGGUGGCUACGCCAAGUUCACCGGGUUGAAAACGUAUAACAAAAACUUGAAGACCCUGCUGGCGAUCGGAGGAUGGAACGAGGGGUCCAGCAGGUUCUCCCCGAUGGUCGCCGUCCCCGAGAGGAGACGCGAGCUCGUGAAAAACACUAUCAAGUUCCUUCGGAAGAAUCAUUUCGACGGCCUCGACCUCGACUGGGAGUACCCGGCCUUCAGGGACGGUGGGAAGCCGAGGGACAAAGACAACUAUGCCAACCUCGUCCAGGAACUCAGAGAGGAGUUCGAGAGGGAGUCCUCAAAAACCGGGAGGCCCAGACUCCUGCUCUCCAUGGCGAUGCCAGCCGGCAUCGAGUACAUCGACAAAGGCUACGACGUUCCCAGACUGAACGAGUACCUGGACUUCAUCAACCUGCUCUCCUACGAUUAUCACUCGUCCUACGAACCGGCGGUCAACCACCACUCCCCCCUCUACCCCCUCGAGGAGGACAACGAGUACAAUUACGACACCGAGCUGACCAUCGAUUACACCGUUAACUAUCUGAUGAAGAAAGGCGCCUCCCCGGAGAAAAUCAUUCUUGGAAUACCGACUUACGGGAGAUCGUACACGCUGUUCAAUCAGGACGCUACUGAGUUAGGGGCACCUGCGGACGGACCCGGAGUGGAGGGCGACGCCACUAGGGAGAAGGGGUAUCUGGCUUACUACGAGAUCUGUGAGAACCUAGCAGAGUCAGAGGACUGGGAGGUGAUUCAGCCUAACCCAAAAGCGAUGGGUCCCUACGCGUUCAAGGGAGACCAGUGGGUGGGCUACGACGACGAGAAUAUAGUAAAACUAAAAGCCAAGUACGCGAACGAGAAGAAUCUGGGUGGUAUCAUGUUCUGGACGAUCGACAAUGACGACUUCCGCGGGAAGUGUCAUGGACGUCCAUAUCCUUUGAUCGAGGCGGCCAAAGAGGCCCUCCUGACGGACAGCACGACGGUUCAGAAGACCCAGGUGGAGAGUAGGAAAAGAACGAGAACCGAAGGCUUCCAGAGUAAUACUAUACGAAAGGGUACAAGUUCAAGGAGGACCACGACAGCGGCCCCCGUGAAGAGGGUAUCCUCCCCCAGACCGAAGUACCGGACGUUCUCGAGGAAUAAGAGCCAGGAGGAUGAAGAGGAGAUCGACAGACGAUCGUACGAACCUGAUAGCGAGGAGGAGGAAUCCGAAAGGGGCAAUGCUGUGAGGAACGAGAGCAAGAACAGACCUAAGAUUCGGAAUCCUGGGAGGAAUCGAAGGAAGCAGACGAGGCGCAAGGAGGGAAACAAGGAGGGAAGCAAGGAGUCGGAAGAGUCUUUGAGCAAUAAGCUGACCACUCCGGAACCACCGACGACGCCUGAUCCAGGAACAGACUUCAAGUGCGAGGACGAAGGCUUCUUCCCACACCCUCGCGACUGCAAGAAGUACUUCUGGUGUCUGGAAAGUGGUCCUGGAGGUCUCGGCGUGGUCGCUCAUCAGUUCACUUGUCCCUCAGGUCUGGUGUUCAACAAAGCAGCCGAUUCAUGCGACUACCCUCGAAACGUAGUGUGUCCAAAAUCAAAAACGUCUCAGAGUUCAUCAACCACAAGGGCGCCCAUCACUGCAGCCACCAGCCGCACCACGUAUCUGUACAGCACGACCCGGAAACCAACCACAGAAAAACCGGAAGACGAGGAGUACGAGUACUACGACGACGAGGACGAAGAAGUCGAAGAAGAAAAGAAGGAACCCAAAACGACCACCACACCGAAACCCUUGCUGUAUAAAACUAUUAAUAGAAGCAGACCGACUACGACGACUACUACUGAGGCUACCAUUGUGAAACCUGAGAAUGAGGACAAGUUGAUCGAUUUGGAGGACGAGGAGGAUCCUAAAGUUAUUAAGGAGCUGAUCAAACUCAUCAAGAAAGCUGGAGGCAUAGAGCAACUGGAGAAGCAGCUGCUUAUUCAGGAUAAAGGCUCAGAAGCGAAUUCGAAUAAUGAGAAUGCGACUCCAGCUGCUAUUAGUCGGACUUUGUAUGAGCGAGUGCUGAGUCGACAGGCUGGGAAGAUCGCUGGGAGGCGGGAGUCGGCGAAUGGACCGGGGGGAGCACAGUUUGAGGGACUGGAAGAGGUGCCUGAAGUUAAGAACCUUAGGAGGUCGCAUAAACAUCAAUAUGUGACUAUUGAGAGGACUAAACCAGCGACACCAACACCAGUGGACGAAGAGGAGGCCGAGGAGAAAGAUUCAGAGGAAACCGCAGACGUAGCCUCUUCCGAGGAACGAACAGUCAGUAAUCCAUUCCUGGCAGACUCGACGCAAAGAGCUACUCCCAAUUAUGUUAACAUCAGACGAAAUCGACUCUCAACCACAACCUCGAGGAGCGAGAAUGAUGUGGAGGAGAAGAAUAAGGACUCAGAGGAAGACGCACCGGUGCGGCAGCGACGUCCUAGUCUACCUUCCAAGAGCAGUGAGAACAACGAUUUUGAAAAUGAUAGACAAGAUGCUCGUUCGACUGGAGAGGAGAAUUCACCAACGACCAAAUCCAGGUACGUCAGCGUACAAAGGUUCAGAAGCACCACCCCCCAGCCUCCGGAAGCCUCCGAAGCCCCCGUCAGCCAGGAGCCCACCACCGAACCGGCCUCCACCACCCAAUCUCCAAAGCUCGACGAAAAAAUCGCCAUAGGCUCAACAACCGCCUCAUCAGUCCUCUCGAUCGCAGUUUCCCCAACCCCUCACGACCUCAUCGACCCCGAAACGGAGUCCAUCUUGAACUUCACGAGCACCGAAUCGGUGAAACUCGUCGACGACUCCGCGACAGAGAUUCUUUUGACCACUGCUCCCGCGAGCUCCACGUCGAGCAGCCGAGUCAGCGCGACCGUGUCUCAGCCAAGGCCGUUCGGUUUCAAUCGAAGAAACCGGCCGUCGGAGUCCACCACCCCGCUGCCGAGCGAUCAAAGGCCCAAGGUGAGUAUAUCUCGGAACAGCUCGCGAGCGUCCUUCUUGGCAGGACGAGGUCGGUUACGAUCGAGACAAGAAACCGAGGCUCGAAACGAGCCCGAAACGCGUGGACGAACGAGGAGCAGGGGCGUCAGCAAGUUCACGGAGGCGAAUCUUGUGGGCAAAACGGAAGCCUCGACGGAGCCUCCUCGGAGGAGGUUCCGGAGACCCACUUCUAGGACCACGACUGAGGCGAUUAGGAAUGAAGCGGUCAGAUCUAAUGAAUUGGAGGACAGCCCCAUUGUUAGGAUAGGACAAGGCUCCGCGAGAAGGAGCCCGCCAUCGAGGUCUAGGAGUGUUGUCAAGGACGAGGACGAUAGGAUCACCAAUAUCAAGGUCUUUAGGAAGCCUAACAGGACCAGGUACACCAGGAAGAGGAACGACUUGGAAGACGUCGCGUCUUCGACGACGGUUUCGACCUCGGCGCCUUCGACAAUUAGGACUACACCCUCCACGUUUACUACGCCUUCGACUCUCACAACGCCUUCGACGUUUACUACACCCUCGACGCUGACUACGCAGUUAACGACGCUUACAACGUCCCUGACGACGUCGGAGACCAACGUCCCAACGACGGAGUCCACAGACGAGUUGGACUCGAUUGCAACCGUGGAGCCCACGACCGAAGAGUCGGUUCAGACCACGGAGUCCAUACUGGAGAACGAGGUGGUGACCCUGGAAGACCGAUCGAACGCUACGGACGUGUCAGAGGAAGCGACAACAGUGGAGAGCGAGUUCGACCCCAAUGUGAUCAGGAUCGUCUUCCCAACAACCGAGGAGCCCGCUCAAGAGGCAAAGAACUCCACAAAGAGGAGGAAGGUCCUCCUACGCAAACGACCUGUGACCACCACACCGUCAUGGGAGGAGAAGGCUCACCGCAGGAGGAAGGUGAUCAAACGCGUCAGACCCGUCUCCUCUACAGAGGAGAUUCUGCUGAGGUUCAGUACGGUUCCUGAGUCUACAGAGACUCCAAGGAUCGACCUCUCGACGACUGACUACGACUCCACGAUAGUCACCUUGGAAACGCCUACCGGUUCGACUGAUGGAACUGACGUCACUAUGGCGUCUACGAUACUUGAUAACCUUACGGAGACGGAGGAGGAGACUACCUCUAACUUCUUGAUUAAUGUCACUGAGUUGGAUAAUGCGUUGACGGAGGUGAGUGGGCAGCUUGAGACUUUGCCCACUGCUGUUUCGACUACUGUGACCCCGGCUAGUAGGAGGUUGGAGAGCUAUGAGGGCACGUACUAUGUGGACUCUAGGUACGUGAGGAAGAAGUUCGUGCGGAGGCGACCGGUCACGGAGGGCGAUCGAGCGACCUCUGGGGAGAGGAGUGUAGAGAAGGUUGACUCGGAGAGGGCUGUAGAGAAGGGUGGCAGGGAGAGGACUGUAGAGAAGGGUGGCAGAGAGAGGACUACAGAGAAGACCGACUCAGAGAAAACCUCUACAGGGAAGAUCGACUCAGAGAAGACCUCUUUAGAGAAGGCCGACACGGAGAACGCAGUCAAACGCAGGAAGGGUCUCUUCGUGCGCCGCAGACCCGUCUCCACCCCCCGACCCGAGAGCACAGCAAGAGAGCUCUCCUCCCCAGAGGAGACCAAAUCCGACGAGUUAGAAAAAGACACAAAGAACGAAGACUCGGUUUACACCGACCUAACCAAGAGCGACUCCGACGAGUUCUGGGGUCGCUUCACGACGCGCAAUCAGCCCCCCAUCGAGGAGAACCCCACCGGCUUCGAGACAACCGAGUUCCGCCCUCGAUACCAGGUCCCCGACUCUCUGAAGAGGAUGGCCGACUACCCAGAGGACUCCAGUAAGAAUCGACAACCGAGAACUCGGUACAAGUACCGUGAAAUAACGAGGUCCCGCAGCGGGGAGAUAGUGGACGCCACUCCGUCACCCAGUAGUGAGUCACAACACCUCAGGAGCAGGUUCUACGCCAGACGGCCGGCCUCCACGGAGCCUCCUGUCACGGAGACCCUCAUCCCUGCUAAGAAGUUCGACUACGUCGCGGACGCCCAUAGAAGGCAGACCUUGAGGAGCGGUCGUUUGAACGAGGACUCGAAGAGCAAGGAAGGGGAGAAUCUUGUGGAGGCCGAGUACGCAACGACGCCUGCUAUGCAUCCUCUGGUGACCCGACUGGUGACCUCCGUGGAGGAGUCGGCCACCACGGAGAGGCAGAAGAUUCUGAUCAAGACCAAGUACUCGUCGCUGACGUCCACCACGAAGAUUCCUCUGCAAGGUCGAGCGAGUGCGAAUGUCGAGAACAAGGAAGCGAAAGAGGAGGAGGCGAACGAAGUCCGAGAGAGCUCCACGCUGCCCAUAGAAGGGUUCCUUUCGCGCGCCGGUCGCUUCACCACGGAGUCGCACGAGUCGUCGACGAUCGAGAUCGAGUCCGUGUUCAGCAACCUGAUCGGCAGCAGGGAGUGACCCUCAUCAUCUAACCGUGUACAUAGAUCAUUCUCAUCAUCAUCAUAAUCAUUAAGGAGAGCCGGGAGAUCGUGCACGUCCGUGGUCUUCUCUUCUCUCUCUUCUCCUUCGAGACGGACUGGACACGCCGAGAAAGAGAGACAGCGAAGAGAAAGAUUCGGAGGUCGUCACUAAGCGCGCUACCCUCUGAUUUUCAGGUCGCCGGCUCUAUUAGGCUACCCACCCUCAAGGAUCUGAUCGGAUAUCGCUACGAUCCAUUGCUUCCGGAAAGCGGGGUGAAAGACGCGAA